CUCACUCCCCCCAUGUAGCUAGCAAAGGCUUAAAUGUAAAUAUUUCCCCUCAGAUUAAUUUCAGAACUGUACGCAUUAUAUAAGCGCGUCCAUGUCAAGCAGCUGGGAGCAGGAGGCUGUGUGGAAGCUAGAACCUCCCUCCUCGUCCGCAUCUCAUUAAGCGAGUCCCGCUGUAGGUGAAGCUGCCUCGCGCUGCCAUUCUGAAGCAGGUGUCCAACAUGGCGAACGCUCGCAGCGGCUCUCUGGCGACUAUUCUCUUUCUCUUCGCGUUUCCAGCGGCUCUUCACAAAGGAGCUGCACAGGAACCAGUGGUGAGUCAGAACCUGGUGACGGACGACGUGGCUGUGGUGGAGGGAGAGACGGCGAUCAUCAGCUGCAGGGUGAAGAACAACGAUGACUCCGUUAUCCAGCUGCUCAACCCCAACAGACAGACCAUUUACUUCAGAGACAUGAGACCUCUGAAAGACGCGCGCUUUCAGCUGGUGAACUUCUCAGACAACGAGCUGCGGGUGUCGCUGUCUAACGUCUCGCUGUCAGACGAGGGUCGAUAUGUUUGCCAGCUCUACACAGACCCCCCGCAGGAAGCCUACGCCGACAUCACAGUGCUAAUUCCUCCCGGUAACCCCGUCAUUGAGGCCAAGGAUGAGGUGCUGAGCGAGGGCAACGAGACGGAGAUGACCUGCACCGCCAUGAGCAGCAAGCCUGCAGCCACCAUCAGAUGGAUGAAGGGAGAUAAGGAGCUGAAAGGCAAACCCAAAGUGGAGCUGAGCUACGAUAAGAUGUACACCGUGACGAGCCGGGUGACGUUCGCCGUCAGUAAGGAGGACGACGGCGUCCCGGUCAUCUGCAUCGUGGACCAUCCCGCGGUCAAGGACUUCCUGGCGCGCAAAUUCCUGGAGGUGCAAUACAAACCAGAGGUGAAGAUCGUGGUGGAAUUUCCUCAGGGUUUGACAAGAGAAGGAGAAAACCUGGAGCUGACGUGUCAAGCCAAAGGCAAACCCCAGCCGCAGCGGGUCAACUGGCUGAAGGUGGAUGACGACGUCCCGUCCCACGCGGUCAUCACCGGCGGCGAUCUCUACAUCGAGAACCUGAACAAGUCGUACAACGGGACGUACCGGUGUGUGGCUUCCAACCAGCUGGGCGAGUCCUUCGACGACUACGUCCUCUAUGUCUACGAUGCUCCCACCACCACCCCUAAACCCACCACAGCCACCAUCACUACCACCUCCACCAUCACCACCUCCACCCCGAACCCUGCAGCCAGUCAAGACACUGUGCCCAGCGCUGAACCUGCAGCUCAUGACUCUCGAGCUGGAGAAGGAGCACCGAGGACGGUGGACCACGCCGUCAUCGGAGGAGUGGUGGCCGUGGUCGUCUUCGCCAUGCUCUGCCUGCUCAUCGUCUUGGGACGCUACUUUGCAAGACACAAAGGUACCUACUUCACGCACGAAGCCAAAGGUGCAGACGACGCGGCGGACGCAGACACAGCCAUCAUCAAUGCAGAGGGCGGCCACACCAACUCGGACGAAAAGAAGGAGUAUUACAUCUAACCCGAACUGGGGGGAACCCCGCCCUCGCUCGGGUGUCGUCGCCGGCACGCCGAGCCUCUUUCCCGGGGAUGGGGCUGGGGGGGUUUUUGACGGAUUCGGAUCGCUUUUUGGGGAAAGGGAAGGAGGAGGGAUUUUGAAGGAAAAGCCUGGUUUUACGCCGUCGUUUAGUCUAGUCUGCAGAUGUAGAUGGAAUGUUAUUUGUGUUUAAGAUAAAAAAGACAAAAUAUUAAAAAAAGAUAAAAGCGAGUCGGGGGGUGGGGAUGGGGUGGGAGUGGGUGGGGGCGCCAGAUGUUGCCAGAAAUCACUGUAGAGAGCUUCACCAUUUAACACCUCCCUAACUGCUGGUACGAAGUUUUAUCUUUUAGUUCCACCAUUUGCAGAAAAUUCUGUGCCUUGUUCUGAAUUUUUUUGUUCUCUCCACACUCUACACUCGUGCUGAUCGUCAUUUGCAUAACCUCGUUGCUCUUUUUUUCCCCGUUUUCAUCUUUUCUCCCCCCCUCAACACUUGUUAUUAUCAGCGUGCUGUCGGCUUUUGUAUGAGGGUAAAAUUACACAGCCACUUUAUUCAUUUCUCUAAAUGUGUCUGCACACGCGCGCUCUACUCCUCUCCUGCAUAACAAACACUCUUUCAAGUAUACUGUGAUUUGUCUCAAGCCAUUUCCUCUCUCUUUUUCCUCUGAGGUUCUGAAGACGUAAUGCAUGGAGUGCUUUGUGUGUCACUGUACGGACAGCCUAAACCAGACGCGGGUUUGUUUUUAUUAAACUCCCCCACCAACAACACCUUAAAGUACAGGCAGAAGCAAGCAUGCAAAAGUUUAUGGGUCAUUUUGCCUCUUCUCCUAAUUUCUGUCACAUCUGGAAACAAACAAAUUCAUACAUUUGUACAUAAACUAAUUGAAUCUCAUGCAAACUUUAAUUUAUUUGUAUAUAACUGUCUAUUAAACCAUCAUUUAUUUAUUUUUAUCCUACAAUUGAUUCUGACCCUUAAUUAAAUCAAAAUAACAUUAAGUGAGAUUGUAGAUCUUAACCACAGACUUACUGUGUUUUCCCACCUGAUGGUCUGGUCGACUCGGUUCGAUUGGGAAUAAAAGUUGCAACAUUUGUUACACUUUCAAAUUGGCUUUGAGUCAAACCAACCAAACCUUUUGAGCACCUUGUUCUCCUCCUUACCUGCGGGGGCGCUGCACCAAGAACCACAUGAAAACGACACUGUGCGUGAAUCCUUCUUCAUCAGAUAGUAUAAAAAUGGAGUGUCGUCGGAUUUUAGCGGUCGGAGGAUUUGUGUAGUUUAUCUUUGGGUAAAAACCACGAGCCAUUUCUUUCGCUUAGGCUAACAUGUUUGUUUUGGUUGUAUUUACCCAGAAUGCCCUGCGCUGUAGUCCGCUUCCUCCUUCUGGAGCGGUCUCUGGUCCGCUUGGUGUUCACAUGUAGUACCAAACCAGAGUUCACUUUUCUGACAAAAUGGUGACGGGGCAAAAUGACCAGAACGUUUGCAAAAAUAAACACCGACAGAUUUUGACCGAUCUUGACUUACUUUCUGAAUUGCAUCCCUAAUUUUCUUCCAUGUUGCUUAAUUAAAACUUCCUCCUUUUUCUUAUGAUUAAAAUGCCUGUACAUACCAGCGUUUCAGUUUGUUUGCAUUUUCUCUCAAUCGAAAGUAUUAUUUCUCUUCCAAGUGGAGAAAAUAAGAAAUAAAGUAUCCUAUGCUCGUGUUGUGUAGUUAACGCAGUAGAAAUAACCGCCUUAACCAGCUUUAAACUGAAACAUCUGUAAGUUUGAACUUCAUUUGAGCUCCAGCGGGCGUUGGUCGGUGGGUUCAUUUAUUCUCAUAAACACUGGAUGUAGAUGAAGCCAGAGGAAUCACAAAUCCUUUCUACAGCCUCCCACAGUAACGCCCGAACGCCUUGGUUCUCAUCUUAAGUUCUGACAAACGGAGAGGAAACCGAACGGCUCUGAGGGUCACACCACUCGGGUUCUGCUUUCACCCGCCCGCUUUUUGAAUGCUUCGAUAUUUCACACGUCUUUUGCAUGUCUGUGUCCGCGCCAGGAUCGCUUCGGCUCCGCUUCAGCACCACCUGCCAGAACCGAACCGGAGUCGGUUUGGAGUUAUGCCAAAAGUUAUUGUUUGCCUGUAAAAUAACUUCCUUCACAUUUUCUGCUCCGUGCCGUUAAUCCGUUGUUUGCAUCAGCUUGUCAACAAUGCAGGGCGCCUGGUGGUUCUGUUGUGGUUCUUAUGAGUUCACACGGCAAGCAACACGUUUAAUGAGUCCAGGACAGAUGUGGGUGGACGUGGGUGGAGGUAGCGGCUGGAGCGCGCUUCUUCCAGUGGGAAUAUUUAGCGGUUUCCACUCCUCGUGUCACAUAAAGAUUGUAUGCCAUCAUCUGCAUCACUGUCAUUUUAAUUCUGGGUGUUUUUCCAGGGCAAAAUGACUAAAUGUACAAGUUAGAACAGGUCUGUGGGCAUUAAAAACUAUUUCAUCACAUUUUUUUUUUUUUGCAAAAAAAUCAUUGUUAGGUAAUGGGAUUUUAGUCUCCUCAGUCGGCCUCUGUCACUUUAAAUUAAGCUGCUGCUGACCACGCCCCCCAACUCAAUGUUUACAGUCGCAGCUGAAAAUGGCUGCAAACAGAGGAGCAAUUAUACAACUAUACUUCUUUGAAAAGCAUUAGUAGAGCCUCCUGCAUAACCAACAAGAACACAGCAAAUGGUUUCUGGAUGGUAAGUCAACAACAAAACACUUCUGUUCUUAUACAGCAGUAAAACCAGCUGACCAAACAUUCUGGAGCUCAGUUUUGGGUUGCUAGGUAACGGGCUGAGUUCCGCUGUGGUUGCUAGGUAACAGGGCGGUGCCUGCUGAUUGGUGACAUUACAUUCUGGAGAUUUUCGAAACAGCUAAUUUUCCAGACACCAAACAACAUGAGCGUAUCGCCUAAAACAGCUGAGUGGUUUUGUUUUAAGUGCUUGGGCUGUUGUUGUUAGAAGCUGUAGAAACCCAAGUGGAAAUGCAAAAACGUGCAAAAUAUGAUUUUUGCAUAAUGCGGCCCCAUCUGCAUUUAUCUAAUGCAGAUGUCAAAAUCAUGAAUAUAUGCUCAAAUAUUUAAAAUCAUGUGAAAACAAUGAAUUAAUCCCACUAAAUAUCUUGGGCUUUUAUGAAUCCCAAGACAAAUUAGCUCCUGUCGUCAUCAUUUUAGGAAAAUGCUCAAAAUUUUGGAAAUUUUAUCUUUUUUUUAGGAUUUUCCCUCGGUAAGCUAAAGGUUUUUCAUAUAGCAUCAUAGGCAUUAAGACCUAACCUGACAAAAUGUUAGAGGUAGUGAUAUGACUUUUAGUGAGCAUAAGAAUGUUUUAGGCAGAGAAGAUGGCAGAAAGGAGAAAUAUUCUUUGUGAAAUGGAGAGAUCUCUGCCAGCAGCAGGCUCUGCUCCGACUGUUUGGUUUUUCCAUUACUUCCCUAUUUUGUGGUAAUUUCUUCACAUUAAAACAAGUUUAAACAAACAGCCAAUCACAGUGAACUGCUGGCAGCUGAGCACCCACAUGCAAUAAAUUCAAACACUCCCUUCCUGUUUUUAUUUUAGAAGUAGUGAAGUGGUGUCACUUGACUGUAGAAGAAGAAAAUUUCAAAUAAUCUACAGCUGAAAAUCUCUAAAACUGACUAAAUCCCUUAAUCGCCUCUAUAUAAAGUUGGCAGCUCAGACAAUUUGUUCUGAUUGACUUUUUGUCAGACCGUCGGACUCACAGUUAGUCUGAUAAUCACUGAUAUAAUUAAUGAAAUACAGUUUUAAUCAGAACUAACUAUUCAACCCUCUUAGCUCAAAAGACGUUACAGUGAAGUGGAGAAAAGAUGACAAUAAACAACAAAAUAUACAAGAAAAAUGUUAAUGCAUCACCCAGAUCAGCCAUAAAAUUAGCAUUUAAGCUAGCAUGAGCAUUUUAGCUACGUUUAUCUUUUUGCAAACCGAAUAGGGGAUGCUACUGUAGGCCAAUAUUUCAGUGAUAGCCCUCAUGCUAACAUCAGCAAUUUAGUUAAAAUGAUCAUUUGAUCUAUUUAUGAUAAACCCAACACACUGAAUGGAGUGAGUUCAUGUUAGUCAACAUGCGAGGUUUAGCCCAUUUGCUUUUAAUAACAUUUACACAGCUAACAUUAGCUUUUCAGCUAGUUUUGACCUACCACCUCUGUCUUCUGCUGACUUUAUUUAUUAUAUUUUUUUCAGUUCAUCAGUAUAAAUACAUAUCAGUCAAAAUCGCUGAACGUUUUGGACUGAAAACUGCUUUUCGAGUUCCUGUUUGGGGAACUGAGUGUUGCUUGCGGUGUGUCCUCAUAUCUACCACUAGUUGUGACUUUUACGCAUUUCAUUGUAUUUUAUAAAUGUGAAUCACAUCAGCUGUGCGAUAGCUUUAAAAUAUCAUCGUCAUGCAUGAAGACAGCAUUCAGGCUUUUUAUGUUGGGGAUUUGAAGCUGAGGUUUGUCUCAAAGGAACGGAUUGAAAUGCAUUCUUUAACCUUUCCCCGUCUGCGCUAAUGAAAUGUUCGCAGCCCUAGAAAAGAACAGUUGGGUUAGCUGCAGCCGGGAGUUUCAUUUUUUUGGCUUUUUCACCGGACGUGUACAUAUUAGUUACACACAUUUCGUGUGCUCGAUUUAAUAAGUCACAUAUAAAUCACCACUCUGUUCACUCUGUAUGCUGACGACACUGUUUUGUGUUUGUGUAAACUGGAUGGGUGGGGGUAGGGCAACGGGGGCUGAUUAGGUUAGAUGUUUCACGGUCUGGUGUCUGAAUAAAAUAAAAAAAGACAAAUAUCUGACUGGUUAUUGUUGCUUUAUGGAUCACAGAGCAGAUACCACUUCAUCUGUUAGGCUGCAACUUUGUGAUUUGUAUUCUACAGUGAGCACUGUUUUUGCUUCCAUGACCAAUGGCAGCUUCCACUUAGAUCCAGUUUUAAGACAUAAAGUCGUCAAUACAGGAACUGACGGGGAUGUUGCUUCUUCCUUAAGGCCGAUUUGUUGAUUUUGACUUUUUUGUACUCCUAAAAACAUGAAAGAUACCAUUUGUGUGUGUCGAAUUAAUCAGAGAUUGGAGUAAAUGACACAUAAGGUUUUGACUUAUUUUUCUGGAUAUUCCCUGUAAAUUAAAAGAAAAAGAAAUAAAGAACGCACAUAUGUUGUAACUGAGGUAGUUUCCUGCACAUUGGAUCCCUUUGAUAAUGUCCCGUCUCAGGUUCGUGUGUUGCUGACCGAUGUGACUGCAUCUCAGGUAGAAUGCAAAGUUUAGGCCCCACCUGUCGACAACAUAAAGGCAUGUACAAAUGCGUUCAUCAAGUCCGGAAGUGCAAACACAUUCUUUUUAGGUCCAGAACUGGUGAGAUGUUCUGCAUAUACAAUAUGUUGUACAUGUUUUAUGUAUUUUUUCUUAAUAUUUGGUGCACUGUUUAAAAAAAAAAAAGAAAAAAAAAGUGUUAAGUAUUGCUUUUCUUUGACAUAUCAUACGUUUAUUGGAAUGAAGCAGGAUCAGAAACGUGUCGUGGCUGUACUACUGUCACUUUGAACGCUCCACCGCCUUUUCAAACUCCUUUGAUUCCCCAAGAAAAAAGAAAAUGAUUUGAUUGUUCCACCCGGUUCUUGUUUUCAGAUUGUUCUUUUUGUCUCUCUGCUGUACUUGAGAAAAAUGUAAUGUGUAUUAAUGGAGAACAGGAGUUCCACAUUCCCAUACACAUUUUGUAUUGGUUCAUAAAUAGACAUUUUUACAAAACAAUGAAGAGUUCUUGUCUUAAUAAAAGAGAAAAGAUAUUAAUGUCCAAAAUAA